AUGAGCCUGAGGCGUUAUACCAGAAGCGUGGACGGCACCAUCCCGGUGCGAGCGCUGCUAUACGAGGACGAGGACCUCAUCGCUUCCCAAGACGGCAUCGGCAUCUACGAUGGCACAGAAAAGUCCGCCCCACACCAGUCCGGCACCGCACACGCGACCACCCAUCGCCUCUUCUACAUCGACGCCGCGCAACCCAUCGCGCGCUCCUUCGAGCUCGACCUCGUACACGUCGCCCGCACAGAGCACUACGCUGGGCUCUUCACCAGCUCCCCCAAGAUUACCCUCCACUUCCACGCCCUCCCCGCGCCGCUCAGUGCCGGCGACGACGGCGCAGGUAGCGCCGCGGACGACCCCGCAUCCCGCUCGUGGACGUGCGACGUCUGUGCGUACCGCAACCCGCCCGGUCUGAGCCCCGCCGCAUCGCGCGUCUGCGCGCUCUGCGGCGUCCCGCGCUCGUCCGCACCCAAUCCGGCCGUCGACAUCCCCGGGAGCGCAGCGCCGCCCACCACGCCAACGCGGUCUCCCACACCGCCCGCCUCCGCGGAUGCCGACGGCGAGAUCGCCUGCUCCGUGUGCACGUUCUUGAACCACCCCGCGCUCGCAGCAUGCGAGAUGUGUGGCACCCCGCUCCCGCGGCGUCCGCCGCCGCCACAGCAACAGCAAGUCCAGGCUCGAUCCGCGCCUGCAUCCCGCCCGACAACGCCCAGUGCAGACGAUGACGGGCCGGACACGCGAAUGAUCAGGCUGAGCUUCCGGCGCGGCGGGGACAAGGCGUUCUAUGCAGUGCUAAGACGGAGCUUGCUGGGGAAAGGCUGGGAGGUGAAGGGCGUGACGAAGCCCACGAAUACAGUUAGAUCUUCUGUGACCACCCAAGGACACACCGCUACGCUCUCCGGCAUCAAUGGCAUCCUGCGCACGGUCGAGACCACCGCGGCGAGCUCCCAGAACGACAUGGAGGACGCGCUCAAGGACCUCGAGGCGCUCAUGGUCAAGUGGCGCGACAUGGUCAAGCUCGCACAGGACCUCAACGAGCGGCUCACCGCCGUCUCCACCACCGCCCCCGCCACCCUGGCCCCACCGGCAGCCAGCACCGAGGGCGCAAGCACGGGCCCGGCGCUCACCACGCAGGCCGUCGAGCCCGAGGAGGCGACGUUCAUCCGCUCCUCGCUCGCGCAGCUCGGCGCGCAGAUGCCCAACGCGCCCGUCACGCUCGACAUGAUCCGCGACGAACGCCGCUGGGUCGACGAGCUCGCGCGCGAGCUUGCAGGCGUGCUGCAGGGCACCGGGGGAAAGGGCGAGGGCAUCAUGCGCCAGCGCGGCGUCGUCGGCUUGGACGAGGUCUGGGGCGGGUGGAAUCGCGCGCGGGGCGUCGCUUUGAUCCCUCCCUCGACCUUCCUGAUGGUGCUCCCGCACCUGCCCAGCCACACAUCUCCGCCGAUCCAGAUGCGCACGCUCGCAGGCUCGGGGCUCUCGGUCCUGCACACGCCGCCCUUCACGCGCGCCGCGUUCGCUGCGCGGCUUGUCGGGCUGCUCGCUCUCGUGGGGCCCAAAACGGUGGUCGAGAUCGCGCAGGAAGAAGCCAUCCCGAUCGGGCUCGCGCAGGAGAUGGUCGUCGAGGUAGAAGAUGAGGGCGAGAUCUGCAGAGAUGAGGGCGGGGCGGGCAUCAGUGCGGCUGGGUUGUCGCAAAACGGUGAGGUGCGGUGGUGGGUGAACAUCUUCAGGGGAUACGUAUGGGACGGACAGACGGAUUAA